AUGGCACUCAACGACAUGGACUCAGAGUCUCUACAACACCUGCUCUCUGACACUCGCACCAGCCCGCCACUCACGCUCGGCCCCGUCUCGCUCAAAGCUGGCCAUGUGGUCGAGAUCCAAGGCCCGUCCUCGUCUGGAAAGAGCCACGUGCUCUACCACAUCCUCGCCCUCUCCCUCCUCUCCUCCACCGACGCAGCCGUCGUCUACGACACAGACCACGCCUUCAGCAUCCCCCGCCUCCGCUCUGUCCUCCUCGCCCGUUUACAUCUCCAACCUCGUGUGGAUGCCUGUCUGAAGAGGGUCCACGUGUUCAGACCCUCGUCCUCCCUCCACCUCGCAGCCUCCAUCCGCGCUCUGCCCUCCUACCACGCCCGCUCCAUCCCACACACCCGCAUCGCACUCCUCAUCCUCGACUCCCUCAGCCCCUUCUACUGGUCAGACAGGUUCACAGCGGAGGAACACCGCGCCGUCCCUCUCACCGUCGAAUCAAGCACUGACACUGCUACGGCGCGCGUGAAUAGGACACUGCACACCGUCCCUCUACACGCCGUCCUCGCCUCCCUCCAGCGUCUGCGCGCCUCCCAUCGUCCCCUUAUACUCUAUACUAACUGGGCUCUCAACCCUCUCCCUGACGCCUCUCUUGAUACCAUGGCCUACAAACAGCACCUCCACUUUCUCUCUCCCCACUUAUCCUCGCUCCUCCCUCUCACUUAUCACUUCACUCUCCCCCUCGCGCCCUUCAACCCCCGCGCACACCCGCAGCUCGUCCCUAUCACAGCAGAUUCAGGCGAAGAGCCACCAACGGAUGGCACGCGCGUGCUGUGUCUCCUCAGGACGCCCGGCCAUCCCGACGUCAUCAACAGGUUCACCUUUCGAAUCACCCACAACGACGUCAUCUUCUAGUCCUACCCGUUCCCCUCCUUGCCAACGUUCACCGUGUACACCCUCGACGUCUACCUUCCCUCCGUCUGGCAUGCAUUCGCUUCUAUCAAAUGUAAUGUCUAAUGUGCCAAUUAGCAGAGCAGAGCAAGUUGGCGUCUCCAACUAUGCCUCUGGCAUUUUUAAACUCGUCAUGUUAACUUCGACGUCUAUGAGUCCAUAUCUAUUUGUCUGCCUACUGACCCAUAUUAGCCCAAAAUCCACGUCCUUCAUGUCUCACAAAACUUAAUCCCUCUUCUAUCUUUGGGUUCCAUACCUCGCCUUUUUCUUCUUGCCAUCCGCGGGGCCUGUUACCGGACGGGUACGUCCAGCUUCGAAACUUGCCGUCCGAGUCAUCAGAUAUCAGUUCCACGUCUCCCCAGCUCGUCUAACCCACUUUCCAAGUUGCCCUUACCUCAAUCGCGUCCUUCCCCUCUGCGCACCUGGACUCUGGGAUUCUGUAUGUUGUCAUACUUUUGCGAGUUUGAGAAAGAACGAGGCGUGU